AGAUCCGCUGACGGAGAGAUCCGCGACUGACUGUAUGCUCAAUAUGUACCAGGGGCAUUUACAGGGGAAAGACUCUAGGGCUGCAGAUAAGACUGUUGCCAUGGUCCUGAAGGAGAUACCAAGUAAGGCGUCAUCAGAAGGGAAGCCCCUCCUCACAGUGACUACCAAGCUGGUGAGUGAGCAACAAGAGAGCCGUCCGCUUUUAAGUCCCUCCAUCGACGAUUUCCUCUGCGAGACCAAGUGCGAUGGGCUUUCCCGCCCAGUGACUUCCAACACAGCUGUUCUGUCUUCAACACUGGACCUGCUAGAUCUCAGUGAACCUGGCGAGAGGAGGAGCAGCAAGGACAAAAGGAGCCCCCUGUCGUCCCGGGUCAACAGCCAGAAGAACAGCCUUCACAGGAAGAAGAAGCAGACAGAUGAGACGGAGCUGAUCCAGGUGGAAGUUGAACAGACCGGACAAAUCAUGAGGACCCCAGAGAGGGUGUCACUAGACUCAGUUACCAUUUGUACACCGUUGGAUAAAUGGGAAGAGCUGAACCCCAACCCUGAGAGGAAUGGCAACAGGAAAUGGAAGACGGAAAGACGGCGUUCUUCUAAAAAUUCCUCCAAUGAGUUUUUAUGGUCCAUAGACUGCAAAACCCAAUUAGAGCCAUUGAACAAGAACUCCUUGGAAGCCAACUCCAAAGUAGACCCGGAGUCUGCUUUAGCAUCUCAACUCAACAGGCAGUAUAUUAGUGGAAGACAUGCUCGCCUAUGCAAGGAGCAGCGGUGGGGCAGCGCCCUCCUGUCCAGACAUCAGUCCCUGGAGGAGGAAUUUGAGCGAGCCAAGGCUGCUGUUGAGUCAGAUACUGAGUUCUGGGAUAAGAUGCAGGCUGAGUGGGAAGAGCUCGCUCGGCGGAACUGGCUGACGGAAAACGAGCAGGCGCAGAUCCCCUCCUCUGUCUCUCCACAUGAGAAGGGUUACUACUUCCACACAGAUAAUCCUUAUAAAGACUUGCCUAACGCAUUUGAUGAGGGACAAAAGAAGACUCGAGAGGGAGACUUGCAAAACGCUGUGCUCAUGCUGGAAGGAGCUGUCUUGCAGGACCCUCAAGAUUCAGAGGCUUGGCAAGUGUUGGGAACCACGCAAGCUGAAAAUGAGAAUGAGCAAGCAGCGAUCGUCUCCCUCCAGAGGUGUUUGGAGCUCCACCCAAACAACCUCCCAGCCCUCAUGGCUCUGGCAGUGAGCCUGACCAACACUGGUAUGCGCAACGAUGCCUGUGAGGCCCUGCUCCGCUGGCUGCGACACAAUCCAAAGUACAAGCACCUGCUGAAGAGCAAAACCCACCUGAUGGGUUCCCCAAACUCCAUACGCAGGAUGUCUACUGCUAACAACGUGGGCAAACACGAAAGCUCCCUGCAACCGGAGGUCAAGGAGCUCUUCCUGGAAGCAGUUCAGCAAAACUCUGAGAGCAUCGACCCAGAUUUGCAAACGGGCCUCGGAGUGCUCUACAACGUCAGCGGAGAGUUCAAGAAAGCUGUGGAGGCCUUCAAUACGGCCUUAUCAGUGCGGCCGGAGGACUACUUGUUGUGGAACCGCCUGGGAGCCACACUGGCGAACGGGGACCGGAGUGAGGAGGCGGUGGAGGCUUACACGCGAGCCCUAGAGCUGCAACCGGGGUUUAUAAGGUCUCGCUACAACCUGGGCAUCAGCUGUAUUAACCUUGGGGCACACCGAGAGGCGGCCAGAAACUUCCUGACUGCCUUAAGCCUUCAGAGGAAAAGCAAGAGUCGCCAGCAGUCCCACCAGGUGAUGUCUGGAAACAUCUGGGCUGCUCUGAGGAUAGCUUUAUCCAUGAUGGACCAGCCCGAACUCUUCCAGGCUGCGAAUAUUGGUGACCUGGAUCUUCUCAUGCGGGCCUUCAACCUAGACAUUUGAGGAAUGGGAGGUAGUGACAAUAGAAUCUCGCCCUUCACUUACUCUUUUAUUUCUACCCAAACGGCCAAAAGCCCAAAGUGCACACAUCAGACAUUGGAUCUGAUGUUAGUGAGUGUGGUUUUUAUGCACGUCAAAUUUAACUACAGUCGUCAAAGUUGUCAUAUUAUUUUGCCCAAGUACCUUCGGAGCAGUCCUGAGGACAGGCUCUUCCAAGAGCUUGAAGUGACUGCUUUGUGGUGGAUUUGCACUGCAAUUUGUGAUUUCCCUGAAGAGCACAAGGACGGGCAAAGAUUGUACGAGCAAUGCCUUAGAGAACACAUCAAUUAAAAACUGACUCAUCUAGUGGAACACAGCUGAGCCAGGAGAGACAGGCAGACAGACAUUUUGAGAAUCUCACACAUGCCGUUUGCAGAGAAAAGAUGAGGUUUUGAGAAAAGAAAAAAAAAGGUUUUGUUGUCCAAUUACUUUCAAAGACUCACGAAGGAGUCAGGAUGGAUUUAGCGAGCAAAUGAUAGAGACUGCACCGUAUAACCUGGAGCUCCAAAUUCUGUUCCUGGCUUGUUUUCAUCCUCUUUCAAUGGAGAAUAAUGAUACUGCAUGAAUAAGCAUUUUCAUAAAUGGAUUCUUGUUUAAAAUUAACAUACUUUUAGAAGUUUUCCCUUAGCACUUCAGACAAAAAGAUAACGUCCUCAACCCAAGUGGAAUGUGCAAGCGAGGUUGUAAAGCCUUACUCAAAUGCAUGCGAACAACAAUAUUUAUUUAUACAAUUUUUAUGGCAACACAAAAAAACUAAGCCAUUUUCAGAUUGGUUUUGAUUUCUUUAAAUAACUGCCAUCUUCUGAACUUGAAAGCUUUCUGAGCCAUUUUUUUUUGUUUGUUUUUUGUUUUGGCUCCUAGCCUCUCUUUGUUCCCUUUAUGCUGACUAGUUAGAGAAAUUCACACAGAAGCUGGGCAACAUUUAUCUGUAAUUCAUUAGUGUGAAAACUUUCAAACUUUCUCAAAUGAACAAAACUUAUUACAGGUCUAAAAAUAUCUCUUUCAUCUUCUGGGAUGGCUUUAGCAGUCCUCACAUAUAAUGUAGGCAUAAUACUCACAUUUGAUUUAAUAAUACUGUAUUAAUUUCAAUACGGCAUAAUACAAUUAAAGGCCAUAGAUGUGUAGAUGCUGCAAGCCAAGACCUACAUCAUUUCCUAAUGCAGUCAUUUACAUCUUUGCUGCGCCUCCACAGGCAGCGCAGCUCAUACAUUAAAUUAAAUCAGCCUGCCUCAGUCAUCAUGCAUGAUAUCAAUAUCUUUGUACACAUAUUUG